UAACUAAUUUCCCAGAAAUAGAGAAAAAACAAUACUCCCUCUGUUUCAUAAUAAGUGUCAUUUUAAGCUCAUUUUCUUUUUACACAAAGAGUGUCACUUUACAAUUCUAAUGCAAAUUAUACUAAUUUUCAGCUGAAAAUUAAUUACAAACUGCAUUGAUUUUAUAAAUAAUUUUAUUUAUCUCGAAUACUAUUGGUCAAAGAGGUACAAUUAAUUACAACUUACAUAUAUUUCAACAACUUUCUUAAUCUGUGUGAAAAAUGUCAAAACGACACUUAUUAAGAAACGGAGGGAGCAACGACCAUUGAUCUUUCUAGAUUUGCUAAUAAAAUUUAAGACACUUCACCUUUUGUCUGAACAAACAACAUCAACUUAGUUUCAGUACAGGUUUAUAUUUUGCUUAAAAUUAACCUUACCACCAAACUAUUAGUGCCUGGUAAAUAUAUAUAGUUUAGUUAGUUUAGGUGAAUUAUUAUGUAAUGCUAAAUAAAUUUGUCUAUUAUUACUCGAAACCCAUCACAAAUUUUGAUGGCUCCGGGAACCGGUCAGAGACGUCGACGUCGUCGGUCAUCAAUGCGGAGGCAGAUGAAGAUUCUUGCUCGACUCGUGAUUUUACUCUAAGUUUCGAUAUUUUAAAAGUCGGAAGCAGCGGCGACGACGGCGGAGGAGGAGGUGGAGGAGAUGAAAGCACCGCCGUGACUAAAGAGUUUUUCCCGGUGGCUGGAGACUGCGGGCAUCUACGGGGGUCGAGUUCCAGAAGCUGGAUAGAUCUCUCUUUCGAUGGAUCGAGCCAAGGAGAAACAAACUUAGUGGCUCCGGCGCCGGCGCCGGCUCCGGUGAAAAAGAGUCGGAGAGGACCGAGGUCAAGGAGUUCGCAGUACAGAGGAGUUACCUUCUACAGAAGAACUGGUCGAUGGGAGUCACAUAUAUGGGAUUGUGGGAAACAAGUCUAUUUAGGUGGUUUUGACACUGCUCAUGCCGCAGCUAGAGCUUAUGAUCGAGCUGCUAUCAAAUUUAGAGGAGUAGAUGCUGAUAUCAACUUCACUCUCGGCGAUUACGAGGAAGAUAUGAAACAGGUUCAAAACUUGAGCAAGGAAGAGUUUGUGCACAUACUUCGUCGACAGAGCACAGGUUUCUCAAGGGGAAGCUCCAAGUAUCGAGGAGUUACAUUACACAAAUGUGGGAGAUGGGAAGCUAGGAUGGGUCAGUUUCUUGGUAAAAAGUAUGUUUACCUUGGGCUGUUCGACAGCGAAGUAGAAGCUGCAAGGGCUUAUGAUAAGGCUGCGAUAAGCUCUAAUGGUAGGGAAGCAGUAACCAACUUCGAGCUUAGUUCAUACCAGAAUGAGAUUAACUCUGAGACCAAUAACCAAGGUGGUCAUGACAACAAGCUUGAUCUCAGCUUAGGAAUGUCACUUUCUCCCGGGAAUGCGUCAAAGCAAAACGGAAGGCUCUUUCAUUACCCUUCUAACACUUAUGAAACUCAGCGUGGAGUUAGUUUAACGAUAGGUAAUGAGUUCAUGGGAAAGCCGGUUAAUGCACCUCUUCCUUAUGGUUCCUACUGGAACGGUUAUAACAAUCCUGUCGAGGGAAGAGCAACAGAGAAGAGAAGUGAAGCUGAAGGAGGAGGGAUGAUGAGUAACUGGGGAUGGCAAGGACCUGGCCAAACCAGCGCCAUGAGACCGCAACCACCAGGAACACAACCACAGUUGUUCUCAGUUGCAGCAGCAUCAUCAGGAUUCUCUAAUUUCCGGCAGCAAUCUCCCAAUGACAGUGCCUCCUCUCUUGGUUACUUUUAUCCACAACCUUAACUUACGGAGGAGGCUUUAAAACAAUGUGUGUAAUGGCAUUUGGAUUCAAUAUAAAAUGGGGGUAUGCUUUUCCUUAUCGUCGAUGUGAAAAAUGUUUUAUGUGUAAAGAAAAGACUCUUGGAAACUGGAAGGCAAAAAUUUUGUGAAUAACAUGAAAAGGAAAUAUUAUCGUUGGUAUA